AUGACGGGGGGAAGGAAUAGCAGCACCAUGACCCAUUUUAUCCUUUUGGGAUUUUCCGAGCGCCCAGAGCUGCAGGUGGUCCUCUUUGCGCUCUUUCUGAGCAUCUACCUCAUGACGCUGGCUUGGAACCUGUGCCUCAUCGUCCUGAUCAAGAUGGAGUCGCACCUCCACUCCCCUAUGUAUUUCUUUCUUGGUCACUUGUCCUUUGUUGACAUCUCAUACGCCUCCUCCGUAGCUCCCAAGAUGCUCUGCGACUUCUUCAAGGAGCCGAAAACCAUCUCCUUUCUGGGCUGUGCCACUCAGUUUUUCUUCUUCGUUGCCAUGGGAGCCACGGAGUGCUGUCUCUUGGCGGCCAUGGCGUAUGACCGGUACGCCGCCAUCUCCAGCCCCCUGCUCUACACCGCUCUCAUGUCCCCUGCCGUCUGCCUGGCCAUGGCCUUGAUGACGUAUGCUGGAGGGGUCCUCACGGGAUUGGUCCAAACCAGCUCCAUAUUCCGGCUGCAUUUCUGUGUGCCACCCAUCGUGAACCACUAUUUUUGUGACCUGCCACCCUUGCUGGCUCUGUCUUGCUCCAGUACCUUUCUCAGCCAGGUAGUGAACUUUCUUGUUGUGUGUGCAGUUGGGGGAGCAUCAGCUGUCAUUGUCCUGGUUUCCUACGGCUACAUCAUUGCUGCGGUCAUGAAGAUGCACCCUUCUCAAGGACGGGCAAAGGCUUUCAACACCUGCGCCUCACACCUGACUACUGUGAUCCUCUUUUACGGUUCUGGCCUUUUUUCUUAUCUCCAACCAAGCACUGGUAACUCACAGGAACAAAAUAAGGUAGUGUCCAUAUCCUAUGGAGCCGUGAUCCCCAUGCUGAACCCCAUCAUAUACAGUCUGCGAAACAAGGAGAUUAAAGAUGCAUGGAAAAAACUCAGGGAGAGAAAGAAGCAGGUGUCCUCUCUGUGCCUUCUAGUUCCUUGA